AUGCCUCACCAAACUGCACCCGAAGACGAUGAUCCCGUCAUUGCUUCUUACCCAGUCUAUCUCACUUCCCCCCAUUAUGCCUCUCCUCCCAAUGCAUCGGCAGAAAUCCUUCCAGACACCGCUCAAAAGCUGGUCCUCCUGCAGUAUCCUGCUUACCGUCCCUCCGAUACGCCAUAUAAUGCUCGCAACCUUCAGAAACCAACCUCACUACGCAUCAAACCAAAUACAGGCCUCCUCGAACUCGACAUCCCAAUCGACACCAAGCUCAAUUACAACCCAGACAAGGGCUCAAAAUAUGCAACAUCACUGAAACGUAGUCGCAUAAUUCAAGAGGGUGGCACCCAUGGGCUGUCGGGUGGCUUCAACACGGGUCCGGCGGGAAGGAACAUUCGCGAAGAAGAAGACAUUGACAUGAAGACCAUCCCUGCCCACUCCGGCCUCUCCGACGACCCAACACUCAAUGUCCAAACACUAGGCGGCAAGAUCGUCAAACCCUCCACAGGCGACCCCAUCUAUCUCCUGGGCAGCUUCAAGGGCAACUCCAUGCAUCUCCCCCGCCUCGAUGCCCUUGUCCAAGUCCGACCCCAGCUGCCCCACCUCGACGCGCUCGACGAGCUCGAGCGAAAUCGAGGCCUCACAGCCCUCGCCCGAGCCAAAGGCAAAGACGGAGCAGCAAUAAUCAAUGGAGACGUCUCCGCCGCACUACCGCCGCCUACCGGCCCGUCCACUCGCCCAGAGAGCAAAGCAAUAGACAUCAAGCUCAAACCGAGCGGUCCUGCAUCUCAAAGCAACGAUCUCACCACCAACACAAACGCCAAGCUCCUCCGCGCUAUACAACAGGAAUCCUGGCAGAUAUAUGAUUGGAUCGAUGAGGACGAGACAGAAUCCCACGACCACGCAGAAAAGGCGCUUCACCUUUCCAUGCCUCCAGGCGAUGACCUUACCCCCGAGCCGCCGAAUCUCGAAAGCGCAAUCAACAAUUCUGAAUGGCUGGACCUGAUGAGCGCGCCGCGGAUCGAGCAUGGGAAAAAGGCAGGUGACAAGGGGCUAAUGGGGAAGGUCAGAGGAAGAGAACGUGAAAGGCAGAGGAGAAAAAGGAAUGAGGCGGCGCGGAGGGAGAAGGCUACUACCACUACUUCCGUUCACAACCAGGCUAGUGCGGAAGCAAAUUCUGCUCCCGGUCCUUCUGGUCAAGAGCGAGAAGACGUCAGGGAGGAUGGCGAUGCCACGGCGGGCGAAGAUACGGCUGAUGAUGCUCAAAUCGGGCCGAGUGAUGAGGAGAGCUCAGAAGACGAGCAAGGAGACCGUCAAGCAGGAGAUCGAGAUGGUGGUGUUGGUGAUGACGAGGGUGAAGGGGAAGGGGAAGGGGAUAUAGAGAUGCUGGAUCCGCCCAACCUGCCAACCGCAAGCCAGGUCGACGGCGCUGAUACCGCCGACGACGAUGCUCAGGAGGUGCAGCCACCGACCACUGCCGCGGAUCAACCUACGCCUACACCUAGAAGGAGAGGAAGACCGCGAAAGUCGCAGGUGGUGCAAGAUCCAAUCGUGGUGGAUGACUAG